AUGCCAGCUAAUCGGACCUCUCCCCAGAAAUCUCUGGGCCUGGCUCCAGAGGAACGUGGCAGCUCACGUGAGGGAUCAGUGUCCUUCAGUGAUGUGGCUGUAGAUUUCAGCAGAGAGGAGUGGCAGCAAUUGGAUCUUGAUCAGAAAAACCUGUACCGGGAUGUGAUGCUGGAGACCUAUAGUCACUUGCUCUCAAUAGGAUAUCAAGUUCCUGAAACCGAGGUUUUCAUGUUGGAACAAGGAAAUGAGCCAUGGGCAUUGCAAGGUGAGGGCCCAUAUCAGAGCUGUCCAGAAUUGUGGCAGAUUGGUGACCAGAUAGAGAGCUAUCAUCAGAGAGAAAACAGAUCUUUAAGAAAUGUGGCUUUCAUCAAGAAAGUAUUGACUAUACAGAGGGAUUAUGCAUAUAAGGGCAUAAGAAAAAUAAUUCAUGUGAGCCAAAACAUUCCUUCCCCAAAGAGACCUCAUCAUCAAUGUGACUUAUUUGGAAGUGCUUUAAGCUGUAAUUUAGAUUUAUGCAAUCAUAAUAGAAACAGUGGAUCAAAGAACAUUAAUAAGAUUACUGAAUAUAAAUUUAUCACACAUCAGAGAACUCAUACUCGAGAGAAGCCCUAUAAGUGCAGUGAAUGUGGGAAAGCCUUUUUCCAAGUAUCUUCUCUUUUCAGGCAUCAGAGAAUUCAUACUGGAGAAAAACUCUAUGAAUGCAGUGAAUGUGGGAAAGGCUUCUCUUAUAACUCAGAUCUUAGUAUACAUCAGAAAAUUCAUACUGGAGAGAGACACCAUGAGUGCAGUGACUGUGGGAAAGCAUUCACACAGAAGUCCACGCUCAAGAUGCAUCAGAAAAUUCAUACAGGUGAGAGAUCCUAUAUAUGUAUUGAAUGUGGACAGGCUUUCAUCCAGAAGACCCACUUGAUUGCACACCGAAGAAUUCAUACUGGAGAAAAACCAUAUAAAUGCAGUAACUGUGGGAAGUCGUUCAUUUCCAAGUCAGAGUUGAUUAUACAUCAGAGAAUUCACACCGGAGAAAAACCUUACGAAUGUAGUGAUUGUGGAAAAGCCUUCACUCAGAAAUCAAAUCUCAUUACGCAUCAGAAAACUCAUACAGGAGAGAAAUCCUAUAUAUGUCCUAAAUGUGGCAAGGCCUUCACUCAAAGAUCAGACUUGAUUACACAUCAGAGAAUUCAUACUGGGGAGAAACCUUAUGAAUGCAGAGAGAAACCCUAUGUGUGUACUGAGUGUGGGAGAGCUUUCAUCCGGAAGUCAAACUUUAUUACUCAUCAGAGAAUUCAUACUGGGGAGAAACCUUAUGAAUGUAGUGAUUGUGGGAAAUCCUUCACCUCCAAAUCUCAGCUCCUGGUGCAUCAACCAAUUCACACAGGAGAAAAACCAUAUGUGAUUCAUACUGGAGAGAAACCUUAUGAAUGCAGUGAUUGUGGUAAAUCAUUUACUAAGAAAUCACAGCUCCAAGUGCAUCAGCGAAUUCAUACAGGAGAGAAGCCUUAUGUGUGCACAGAGUGUGGAAAGGCCUUCACUGACAGGUCAAAUUUGAAUAAACACCAGACAACACACACUGGAGAUAAACCCUAUAAGUGUGUCAUCUGUGGGAAAGGCUUCGUUCAGAAGUCAGUGCUUAAUGUGCAUCAGACAACCAAUUCUCUUGUGUACAAACGUAAGAGGGUUCCACCUACGGAGAAACCCCACGUCUGUACUGAAUGUGGAAAAGCCUUCUGCUACAAGUCUGAAUUCAUUAGGCAUCAAAGAAGUCACACUGGGGAGAAGCCAUAUGGAUGUACUGACUGUGGAAAAGCCUUUUCACAUAAGUCAACCCUCAUUAAGCACCAGAGAAUACACACUGGUAUUAGACCCUUUGAAUGUUUUUUUUGUGGGAAAGCCUUCACCCAGAAGUCACACCGCAGAGAACAUCAAAGGACACAUACAGGAGAGAGACCCUUUGUGUGUAAUGAAUGUGGGAAGUCAUUUGGUGAGAAGUCAUACCUCAAUGUACAUCAAAAAAUACACACAGGAGAAAGACCCUAUCGUUGUAGAGAAUGUGGAAAAUCUUUCAGUCAAAAGUCAUGCCUCAAUAAACAUUGGAGAACUCAUACAGGAGAAAAACCCUAUGGAUGCAAUGAAUGUGGCAAAGCAUUCUAUCAGAAGCCAAACCUUAGUAGACAUCAGAAAAUUCAUGCUAGGAAGAAUACUUAUAGGAAUGACCUAAAAAUAGUAGGAAAGCCUUGA